GGGCCGGAGGAAGUGCGCCGUGCUGCACAGGCGCAUUGGUGUCCUGGGGGCUCCGGAGCGGACGCCGGCGCUGCGAAUGUUACGGUCGCCAAGACAGUUCCUGGCCCCGCCCCGUGGCAACCGGAAGCCAAUGGUAAGCGUCUUUACGGUUGCUCGGCAACCUGUGGCGGCAAGAUGGCGGCGACUGACGAACGGACCCCGGCUUCGCUCCAGCCGAGUCGGCCCUCACCGAGACGGCCACCGCGUGACGGCUACGGCGUAUAUGUAUACCCAAAUUCUUUCUUCCGUUAUGAAGGAGAAUGGAAGGGAGGGAAGAAACAUGGUCACGGGAAACUCUUGUUUAAAGAUGGAAGUUAUUAUGAAGGUGAAUUUGUGGAUGGAGAAAUCACUGGGGAAGGCUACCAACACUGGGCCUGGUCAGGAAACACCUACUCUGGACAGUUUGUCUUAGGAGAGCCACAAGGACAUGGCAUCAUGAAGUACAAAGUCGGAGGUCACUAUGAAGGGGAGCUCCUCCACGGCCUGAGGGAAGGACAGGGGUUUCUGGAGGACCAGGAUGGGCAGGUGUACCAGGGUUCCUUCCAUGACAACAAGAGACAUGGCCGUGGGCAGAUGAUCUUUAAGAAUGGUGACAAGUACGAAGGCGACUGGGUUCGAGACCAGCGUCAAGGACAUGGGGUGCUGUGCUGUGCUGACGGCUCCACUUACGAGGGGCAGUGGCACAAUGAUGUCUUCAGUGGGCUGGGCAGAUUGGCACACUGCUCGGGAGUCACUUACUGUGGGAUGUUUAUCAAUGGCCACCCAGCAGCACAGGCUAAGAAAAUUGUGAUCGUGGGCCCAGAGGUACUGGAGGUGUUCCAAGGCUCUCCCUUCACGUUGAAUGUGCAGCUGCAGCAGGAUGAUGGAGAAAUUGCCAAGAGCGAGAGUGGCCGGAUGCUGAAGAUCUCAGCGGGGGUCAGAUAUGUACAGCUCCCAGCGUACUCUGAGGUCAGCUUCUUCAAGAUGGACGAAGAUCACAUGGAGACGCCCAUCGAGACACCGUUUGGGUUCCAGUGUAUCUCCUACCCUCUGUCCAUCCCCAAGGCCUGGGGACUGGAGUCUGGGUCGACUAUGGAAGGUGCCAGAGCUGACAUCCUGCUCCCCAAGAGAGACUCAGAGCCAGUGCUGGACUCAGGAGCCUUCCAUGGCCAGGGAGACACCCCCAGCAUCCUGCCAGCAAGGAGAUAUGACUCCUGCUGUCCUGCGGCCUGUCGGCGAGUGCAGCAAGGCCACGCUGAGUUUGCCGACAUCUUCCUCGGACCUCCUCCACCUGGGAUGCAGCCUGUUCUGUUCCUACCCGGCAUGCUUGAGAAGACCGGCAACAGUCCCAAGGGUGGCCAGAAUCCCCCAGAGGUGGCAUUCACUGUCCAAGAACCUCCAGAAGGCACCAGGUUGGCCUGAGUCAGAGCCAGCAGUCAGUACUGUCAUCCGGAGGCUUCAGACAAAAGGACUGAGUAACGAUGGAUGCUCGCUCCUCCACCCCGGCAAAGACUGAGAGUGACAUGCCACCCUGCAGUUCAGAGCAGUGCAGGGGAGCAUGCGGUCUAAUUUACAUACGAGCACAGCACUUGGAAGGCCUGUUUGCAGACAUCGUGCGGAAACAUCUCCUCUGGCUACAAAAAUGUCCCUCUGUGCCGCCUCAAAGCAGGCUUUGGCAGGGAAGGGAGGUGUAAGAUCUCUCAGCAACCCCGGGCUCGGCAUGAGCAAGGUCCUGUGGGCACAGCCUGGUGCCCGCCUCACUCCUCUGCCCUCCAGCACACACGGGGCCUGUGGGAUACUCACCAGGCCUGGUCACUCGUGCACAUGGCAGUAAGGGAGGAGAGAGCGCUCACAUCCCAGGGCCAUACAUGGGUAGACGAGUUCAGAAUCCAGUCCUUGACCUCCAGACUCCAGUGAGGCUGCUAGAGGCACAGAGGAGGUUGGGGCCUAGGCCUGGAAGGGAUGAAUGAUAGGGAGAGGUGGGUCCCGGGCAGGGUUCCUGGGCUCUAGGAAAGGGGUCCUUCUUAGUCUGUAAGUAGGUUUUUCAUGUUCUCAGAGUCUGAUCUCUGUCUUAAUACAUGGCUUCCCAAAGCCAGACCAACACUCUUCCGAGGAAGGACACAAUCAUGGAUAGGUAGGGAGAGGUGGGCAGUAGUGGGAACAGUCCGGCAGGCUCCUCCUGCCAGCGUUCCUGGGGCUGAACAUGUUUCUGUCCAGGGCCCCUUGCUGCAUUCCUGCAGAGACAUUCCAAGCAUGUUAUGGAAUUUCACUAACUGACAAAGGGCCCUGUCAGUCCCACACGAUGUGAAAUCAUGUCAGCUGCAAAAAA